AGGCACGCUGCUCGUCGUUCGCACGCCCGUAGUAGUCGAUUCACUUUUCCGUUGUUCUGUUUUUCCAUCGGUUGGUAAACUGCUUCCAUUGGUCCAGCAGGCUCUGCUACGUCCCUUGUUUUUCGCAGAAAAAGCAAGUGCGCCCAGUGCUGUCGGGUAUUCUAACGAAUGUGAUUUUUUGCGUGUUUUUCGUUAAACGCACUCAAAAGUUCAGAAGAUCGACAAAGAUCAGGCAAACAGGCGCAUCGAGGAGACGAGUGUGUGCGUGCGCGCGCGCGUUUGUGUGUGGUGUGUCUGCCCAUCGUCGUCGUAACCGGAACGGCGCAAGCGAUCGUGUCGCGUCGAUCUCUUUCAGUGCCCUCCACGGUGACCACGCCACCACGAUUUUCACGGUAAAAAGUGUCCGAGGUAACCGAAGAGUGUGUCUUGCUUUGUGAGGAGUUUCUUUCCCCGUGGUGAUCUGUAGCGGUUACAAAAAGCUAUCAGCUACCGGUGAAAGUUGUUGUGGGCUCCAGAGGGCUAAAUUUCGGAAAAUCCAUUCCCGGAUUCGUGGGAGAUAUUGUAGUGCCCUGAAAAGAAAUAAAAAAAGGUUUCCUCUUGUGCUUGGUGCAGGGUUUUUCGUGUACACUCGCAGUGCAAUAGUUUGUGCCUCAAACAAAUCUGUCUCGCGGGGGACAGUCAUUGAUCCGAGCUUGUGCGUUCAACGUUGCCUUCUUUAUCCAACAGCUCACCGGAAAAUUGCAUCCGGGGUCUAGCGAGAAAGCUGCCAAAGGCUAAGUGCUUUCGUGACACAGAAUACGGCGAAGAUUUUUGAAAGAAAGCAUCGUAGAGGACCUUGUUCGGCCGCAUCGAUUGGAGAAAAAGGAUCGUCUCAUCUGUCAAAAUGAACAAAUCCUGCGCCCGGUGCCAGAAGGUGGUCUAUCCCAUCGAGGAGCUGAAAUGUUUGGAUAAGACCUGGCAUAAGACGUGCUUCAAAUGUCACGAGUGUGGCAUGACGUUGAACAUGAAGACGUACAAAGGAUUUAACAAACUGCCCUACUGUGAAGCACAUAUUCCUAAAGCCAAAGCUACAACGAUCGCGGAAACGCCGGAAUUCAAGCGCAUCGCCGAAAAUACCAAAAUCCAAUCGAACGUCAAAUAUCACGCUGACUUCGAGAAGCUGAAAGGAAAAGUGACGCAGGUCGCCGAUGAUCCGGAAACGUUGCGAAUUAAGCAGAACACGAAAAACAUCUCUAACGUCGCGUACCAUGGCGAUCUGCAGAAGAAGGCGGCCAUGGAGCGGCAGCGGGAGUGUACGGAAAUAAUCGACAGCAAAGAUAACAACGACCUAGAGUCAGAGUACUUUUCGGAGCAGCUGGCUGCGGAAUCGUUACCCCACUAUCAGCCCCCGCCGCCACCGCCCGUCGUUGCACCGCAGGCUGCAGCAGUGCAGCAGGUGAACAACAACGGCGGAAUGGCGAUCGGGCCGACGAACAACGCGACCUCCCAGCAGGCUCAGAUCAUCUCGACCGCCAACAUUACCAAACACAACCAGGCCAACAACUACCAGGCAUCACUGCAGCAGCAGCAACAGCAGUACCAGCAGCAGCAGCAGCAGCUCAACAACAACAACAAGGCCUCCUCUGGAGCGUCCUACCAGCAGCAAAGCUACCCAGGGGCUGGGGCUUCCUCUGCUGCUGCGGCAGCGGCCUACCAGCACCAGCACAGUGCUAGCGCUAACGGUGGGAAUGUGGAACACGUGCGCCACUCGGUGCUGCAAAAUUCGGCCACACCGUCCGGCGGUGGAGGCGGAGGGGCAGCCACGCAGAAGUACUACGACCCUUACGAUAACUAUGCCCGCCCGAACCCGAACGCCAACCAGGUGAACAAUAACGGCACCACCGCCGCUGCUGCGCACAUGGGCAACAACAACCACCACUAUCAUCACAGUCAGCAGCAGCAGCAGCAGCAACAACAGCAUCAUCAUCAUCAGCAGCAACAACAACUUCACGGUAAUGGUGGCAUGAUGGAACGCUCUAAUGGCGGAUCAGCUGGCGCUGCAGGCGGCUCACAGUACCACCACCAUCAGCAGCAGCAGCAGCAGCAACAACACCAUCAGCAACAUCUCCAUCACGCACAACAAGCAAACAAUCAUCAUCAUCAUCAGCAGCAAGCUGCUGGAAUGGUCGAUCCUUACGGAUCAGCACAACAACGCUACAGCACUUCCAGCAGCAACAGCCAAUACGGCGGAUCCGCCGCCGCAAUGCACGCUCAGCAGCAACAGCAGCAGCAACACCUAUACCAAUACAACAAUGGUAACAUGAACGGUGGUGGUGGUGGCGGUGGCGGUGGCGGCGGAGGUUCCGCCACGGCAACCGGUGCCGGGAUUGGGAAAAUUGCUGACUACGAUCCGCUCACGGAUGGGCCGCGGAACGUGCCGCAACCGAACCGCCAGAGUGCCACGCUGAUCUACAGCUCCGGUACCAUGGCAUCGAACAACAACCGACGAAUUGGCUCUGUGAACGACAUCGACCCGGUUAAUGGAUACUAUGGCUCGGUAGCGGAGCAAACCCAGGCCGCCCUCUACCAGCAGCAGCAACAACAACAGCAACUGUAUCAACAGCAACAGCAGCAGCAACAACAACAACAACAUCGGCAAUCGCAUCAGCAACAGCAGCAGCAGCCUCAGUACAUUCAGCCUCCGCAGCAGUACGCCGCUCCCGCUGCGAACGCAACCGGCAAAUCGAUGAGCAAAGUGCGCGUGUACCGGGCUCUCUACGACUACGAGGCACAGGAUAGUGACGAGGUCGGCUUCAGUGAGGGCGAUCUGAUCAUCGAGGUCAAUUCGAUCGAUGCCGGCUGGAUGACGGGUCGUGUCGAGCGCACCGGUUUGACCGGCAUGUUACCAGCGAACUACGUCGAGCUGAUGAAAAUCUAAAUUAACACCGGUUCGAACCGCCGCGUUUUGUAGAAGAUGAUUCCGGGCCAAUCAAUCCUGCCCGGGUGGAGGAGAAGUCGCUUACGAUCCAUUUAUUUUUGCUAUCACAUUUGCGAACACAUUAUGAAGUGAAAGGAUCCAAAAACGAAAUCCGAUUCGUUAGCAAAAUUCUACAGUACCAUUCUAUUCUGUACGUGAUUCAGGUGCUUACAUAAAAGCGAAGGCAUAAAUGUAACCAACUGAGUACAGUGCAACUCUUAUUACACAAAAAUUCACAAUAUGAUUCAAAGUCUCGCGUUAUUUACAAUAUCCGUAAAAUCGAGUGCUAAAACGAAACGAUUUUCGUUUCAAACAUGGAUCACUUUAUCCACCAUACUUAUUUCCCUCAACACGCGCGCGCGUCGGAGUUGAUUUUAAUUUAAUUUCUUUUUUGUUAUCUUUUUUUAGUUGCCUUUAUUAAUAAUAUUUUUUUUUUAUUGCUAUUACUAUUACCAACUCUAUGGAACCAACCCCCCGGGGUUUGCUCAGCUCGAGGUUUCAAACUUGGGGGGAUGAAAUGAUACAAAAUAUAUCAGAUAGUGUAGGAACGAAGGAAGGAACACAUUGCCACGUAGAAAAUACGUAAUCUUUUUAUGUACGUAGCGGAUACGUAACGGCGGAAAGUAGUUUAUAGCCAAGGUGCUGCUAUCGCGCAGACUCGCGAAUUGCAAUGAAAAUGUGCUAAUUUCGAACAAUAAUCGUAGAGGAUAGUGUGUAACACAAUAGCCCGUUGUAUGGAAGGUAAUAGUCCGAAUGCAUGCAAGUUUAAAACGAUUACAGCAGAAAGCAUGGUGUAAAAGUUGGGGAGAUCCAUAAAUCUGCUCCCGGAGGAUGCAGUGGAUGAUAAUAAUGUAAUAUUUGUAUUUAGAAAGUACCACAAUUUUUUUUUAUACGUAGCGUAACAGCAAGAUGCCUACGAUGGAGAGUUCUGUGGUGCAUUACCGUAUAGUUAGAGUGUUUACCGAUGGUCAGAUAUGAGCAAAUUCUCCUUUUUUCUAUAAACGAUUCGUGCCUAAUAGUAGAUCAAUGUUUAUUGAGUUUUUUUUUCCUCUCGCCGUUGUAUAGUCAAACACCAAUCAAUUGUGGCAAAAGCGAACCCCGCUUGGAGGUGGGAUAGGUAUGAAAAAGGUUUAACAAAAAAAAACAACAAAUGUAUACACACACUAUCGUUAAGCGAAUAAUCAAGAUAUGUUAGUAAAAUAAA